AUGGCGGAGGGGUACCGGGGCCCCCCGCCGCCAGGCUCUCCCCGCCCCGCCCCGCCGCUGCCCAACGGCCCCCGCGGCGGCGGUGGCGGCGGCGGCAGCCCCGGCUCGGGCUCGGGCAGCAGCAGCCGCGAGGACUCGGUGGAGCGGAGCCCCGCGCCUGCCGCACCCCGGGCCAGCAUCAUGAAGGAUGGCUCCCGGCAGCGGCCACCCCAGAAGAAGAAGACGGUGUCCUUCAGCACCAUGCCCAACGACCGCAAGAUCAACAGCACAGCUGCCUGCAUCUCCUUCAUGCUGGAGGGCUGUGAGCUGAAGAAGGUGCGUUCCAACUCCCGCAUGUACAGCCGCUUCUUUGUGCUGGACACUGACAUGCGCUCCCUGCGCUGGGAGCCCUCCAAGAAGGACUCGGAGAAGGCCAAGAUCGAGAUCAAAUCAGUCAAAGAGGUGCGAGUGGGCAAGAAGACACCCAUCCUGCGCAGCAAUGGCCUCUCUGACCAGUUCCCAGAUGAGUGCGCCUUCUCCAUCAUCUACGGAGACAACUAUGAGUCCCUGGACCUGGUGGCCAGCUCAGCUGAUGUGGUGAGUGCCUGGGUGAUGGGGCUCCGGUACCUGGUGUCCUAUGGGAAGCACACCCCCGAGGCACCUGGGACCGGCCACUCCAGCCUCCGGACCUCUUGGAUCUCCUCUGUCUUUGACCUUGCUGACCUGGAGAAGUCUGGUCACAUCCCCGUGUCCCGGGCUGUGCAGCUGAUCAAAGCGCUCAACCCAGGCAUGAAAACCUCCACCAUCGAGCUGAAGUUCAAGGAGCUGCAGAAGGCCACUGAGCGUCCUGGUGCAGAGGUGGCCUGUGACCUCUUUGUGGAGGUGUACUGUGAGCUCUGCACCCGCCCCGAGAUCUUCUUCCUGCUGGUGCAGUUCUCCAGCAACAAGGAGUACCUGGGUCUGAAGGACCUGCUGAUGUUCCUGGAGGUGGAACAGGGCAUGGAGGGGGUAACAGAGGAGAAGUGCUUGGAGAUUGUCAGCAAGUACGAGCCCUCCAAGGAGGGCCGGGAAAAGGGCUACCUGGCUAUCGACGGCUUCACACGCUACCUGCUCUCUGCCGACUGCUCCAUCUUUGACCCGCAGCACCGCAAGGUGUGCCAGGACAUGUCACAGCCCCUCUCCCACUACUACAUCAGCUCUGCCCACAGUGCGUGCCUGCUGGAGGACAACUUCUGGGGCCGCUCGGACAUCAGUGGCUACAUCAGUGCCCUGGGCCUGGGCUGCCGCAGCAUCGAGCUGGUGCUGUGGGACGGUCCUGAGGGCGAGCCCGUGGUCUACACCAACCCCUCGGCUGCAUCCUCUGUGCCCUUCCGCACCGUGGUGGGGCUGAUCGACCAGCACGCCUUCACUGCCUCUGCCUACCCCCUCAUCCUAUGCCUGGUGGUGCGGUGCUCAGCCCCCCAGCAGCGCCUGGCGGCCCAAUGCCUGCGCAAGACACUGGGGGAGAAGCUGUACCUGGAGCCCCCCAACCCUGCCCUGUCCUACCUGCCCUCCCCAGAGCAGCUCAAGGGCCGCAUCCUCAUCAAAGGCAAGAAGCUGCCACCCAGCUGUGAGGACAGCGAGGGGGAGGUGUCGGACGAGGAGGAAGGCUGGGAGCUGGCGCGGCGGCUGGGACAGGAGGACCAGGAGGUGCCCGAGGGAGGUGGCCCACGGCGGGUGCGUCUCAGCAGGGAGCUCUCAGAGCUGGUGAGCCUCUGCCAGGCCAUCCCCUUCCAGGACUUCGAGAGCUCACGGCGGGGGCAGCGCUACUGGGAGAUGUGUUCCUUCAGCGAGGUGGAGGCGGGACGCUUCGCCAACGAGUGCCCGGCUGAGCUGGUGAGCUACAACAAGAGGUUCCUGUCCCACGUCUACCCCAGCCCCAUGCGCAUCGACGCCAGCAAUAUGAACCCCCAGGACUUCUGGAAGUGUGGCUGCCAGAUGGUGGCCAUGAACUACCAGACACCGGGGCUCAUGAUGGACCUGAACGUGGGCUGGUUCCGACAGAACGGCGCCUGUGGCUACGUCCUCCGCCCCGCCAUCAUGCGGGAGGAGGUCUCCUACUUCAGUGCCAACGCUAAGGACUCCUUGCCUGGGGUGCCUGCUCAGCUCCUGCACCUCAAGGUCAUCAGCGGGCAGAACCUGCCCAAGCCCAAGGGCUCGGGGGCUAAGGGGGAGGUGGUGGAGCCCUAUGUCUGUGCCGAGAUCCACGGCAUCCCAGCUGACUGUGCCGAGCACCGCACCAAGACGGCCCUGCAGAGCGGGGACAACCCCAUCUUUGAUGAAAGCCUGGAGUUCCAGAUCAACCUGCCAGAGCUGGCGGUCCUACGCUUCGUUGUGCUGGAUGAUGACUACAUCGGGGAUGAGUUCAUUGCCCAGUACACCAUCCCCUUCGAGUGCCUGCAGCCUGGCUACCGCCACAUCCCUCUCCAGUCUUUGUCUGGGGAGCCCCUGCCACAUGCCACCCUCUUCGUGCAUGUGGCCAUCACCGACCGCCGCGGUGGGGACAAGGGGCACCGCCGGGGGCUGGCAGGGCGCCGGGGCCGCCGGGUGCGGGAAUACACCUCCACCAAGGCCACUGGAAUCAAGGCCAUCGAUGAAGUCUUCCGGACAGCCACCCAGCCACUGCGGGAAGCCACCGACCUGCGGGAGAAUGUGCAGAACGCGCUGGUGUCCUUCAAGGAGCUGUGUGGGCUGACACCCGCUGCCAACAUGAAGCAGUGCAUCCUGACGGUGUCCACGUGGCUGCUGCACAGUGACAGUGCACCCAGUGUCACCCUCAACCUGGCAGAGCAGUACCCCCCCAUGGAGGCCCAGGGCCCCAUCCCAGACCUGCUGCGCAAGGUCCUGACUGCCUACGAGACGAUGAUCCAGACCAGCCGGACGCUGAUCGAGUCGGCCGACGCGGUGUACGGGAAGCUCAUUCAGGCACAGCAAGCAGGGAUGGAUUUCCACAAGGAGCUGCCCCGCAUUGAGGCACAGGAGGGGCUGCGGGGCCGCAAGCUUCAGAAAGCACUGGAGAGCUUCGCCUGGAACAUCACCGUCCUGAAGGGCCAGGCUGACCUCCUCAAGCACGCCAAGGCGGAGGCACUGGACAACCUGUGGCAGAUCCACAACGCGGGACAGUCCUGUGGCAUCGGCAGGAAUGGCUCAGCCUCACCAGAGCCCUCCCGGCCACGCGCACUGCUGGAGCCCAUCCCCGAGACAGAAGGAGGUGGUGACACGGCGUCCUGCUGACCCCAGCCUGGGGCUCGGGGACCUGGACAGAGCACACCCCCCCAAGCCACAGGACCAGAGCCCCAGUCUGCCCAGGGACAGGCAGCUGCCUGCACGCAGGCUCCACCUGUAUGAAGGGACACGUGUGGGGCUGGGUGCCUGUAAUCAGUCAUGGUGAGGGGCUGCAGUGGGACCCAGCGGAGAGGUUGGGAAGGGGUGUCCCUACUCCUGCUUUACCCUCCCAAGCUCCUGGGACUUAAUUUAUCCCCCUCAUGCACUUCCAGAGUGACUGCCCUGCAGUGGGCCUGGUAGGGAUGCUGGCACCCUGGUGUGCAGGUGUACCCCUCAGCUGCUGGGCUGGACUCCUGGGAAAAGCAGUACUGGGCUGCUGGGUUGGUCUGAGGUUGGACUGGGGCUGCACAGAGUUAUAAAGAGUGUGAGAUUCAUCCUGGUGACCUGCUGCCCCCUCCAAGUGCCUGGCACAGGGCCAAGGCAGCAUGGGGUCACUGAAGAGGAUGGUGGGUGGCACUGGGGACAGGGACCCUGGCAGCAUCAUCCCUCCCCUGGCACCAGCUGAGUUCAGGUGAUGUCUCCUCACGUCACGGAGCUGUGCAGCCACCCAGCGCCCCUUUGUGUGGGGAGGUAAUUAGCCUAAUGGGACCAUGAGGAGCAGCCCUGCAUGCUGCUGCUGUCGAGCAUGGGCCAAUGCUGACCUUCAGCCCCUUUGUGCUGGCCCGGCUGUGGGGCCCAUGGGCAAUUACGGCCUCAUUAGUGCCACCGGCCACCGUGGCUGUCCGUGAGCAGCCACACAAUGAGGAGCUGCAAAUGAGGGGAAAGGCCUGGAUGGUCUCCGAGCUACCACGUCUCCCAGAGACCAGCUGCUCCCCCCUGGCCCUGGUGGUAUUUUUGGCAGCCCUAUUGUGCCAGGCCCUAUAAAGUGUUGGCUGCGGCAUAGGGUGCUGUGCUCUCAGCUGCACGGCAGGACAUGCCCCAGCACUGCUGGACCACCUGAAGACCCCAGGAAGGAUGGAGGUGCCCAACGCCAAGGUGGGGCUGGGGCACUGCAGCCUGUGGAGUGGGGGAGGCAGCAAUGGGGGGAGGCCCAAUAGGGCUGGAGGUCUGGGGGUGCGGGAGGGCAUGGCCAGUUCCUCAGCAAACCCUGAGUGUGUGUGGCUCCUCCCGAGGGCUCCCCAACAAUGGCUGGCAGCCAUUCAGGGGGCUCAGCUCCAUGUGGGCUCCUCAGGAGGGAGCUGGGUGUGUGGUGCCUGGGUGCUCUCCCUGCUCAUCCCGUGGUGGUGGGUGACAAGUACAGGGUGAGACAGAGGCUCAUGUCCGGCUGCUGGUCAGAGUGUGGCUGGGAGCUGUGGUCACUGGGGUUGGGAGGGACAUGAAAAGCAAUCCCUGUCUCCAGCACUGCUGGAUGCUCUUCAGUAAUGCUGCCCGUUGCUCUGGCAGCUCCAGCGAGCCACCUGCCUCCUGCUCCUGCUCUUAUUCUGCUCCUUGGCUGCUGCCCGGCAGAGCCUGCCCGAGUGCUGCCGGCAGAAGACCUGUUCCUGCCGUGUCUAUGACCUCCUGCACGGCAUGGGCAACCACGCUGCCGGCAUCCUCACGCUGGGCAAGAGGAAGAGCAUCCCUUCAGCAUUCCAGAGCCGGCUCUACCACCUGCUGCACAGCUCCGGCAACCACGCCGCGGGCAUCCUCACCAUGGGCAAGCGUGGGGAGGACCCCGGCACCGCCUGGCACCAGGCGUCGGGCUGCCCUGCGGGUGCAGACACACAACCAACACCAACCCUGCAGGGCACCGACACCAGCCCUGCCAGCCCCAGGGAGUGCCCGGGACACUCGGGGAAGGACCUGACCAAGAGCCAGGCCCAGGGAGCCAUGAAGAGCUUCUACUGAGAGUGGUGGGGGCAGUGGGUGCAGGGAGGGGGGAUGCUGGAGGGGACACACAGGGAGCUUGGUGUAAAUAUCAUUUUUACAUACCUCCUCCUGGCCCCAGCCAAGCCUGCGCGGGGCACUGCAGGCACCGCUGGCCUUUUACAAUAAAUGGUAGCCC